GUCUAAAGUGACGUCUAUCAUGACCUCAUAGCACAAUUUAACGUGAGUGAAGUCAAGAGACACUACACCUUCCGACCGGAAUAUCACCAGAUGGGGAGAACAAACACCACGUCCUCGAUCUCUCUCAAUCCCACAUGGAAGCCUCCGGAAAACGGCUGUGGAGCCGUGGAUCCAAGCACACUUUACCGUGAAACGUAAGUUGGGCGACCAGGUCCGCGGUGAUUCGUGGCUGUGGUCUCCAUCGUAGUGCAUUGCCACUGGAGCCAUAGCUGUGACUGUUAUGCCGAUCCAAUUUUAUCAUCAAUACAGGGCAGAGAAGAAAAUAUUUAAGGAGCCUGGGACUCUCCAGAUUUACGGGAAAUUAUUCAGAUCAUUCCAAUCACAAAUCUAAUCUGUGGAUUACCUCCCCAUCUCAGAUAUCAAUCACUUCCAUACCUCUACCUCCACGGUCAUCAAAAACUAUCCACAUUCUAUACAUAACUCCUUCAAAAUGCAGUUGACUCUUCUCACCACCCUGCUCCUCUCCACCUCCGCCCUGGCCGCUCCCCAGCUCGACCAAAUCAUCUCCGAUGCUGCUGGUAUCGCCCAGACCGCUGUGAACGGCGGCCAGAGCAUCGCUUCCGACAUUGCCAGCGGCGCAACCGCCGUGGCAUCCGCCGUUGAGACCGGUGUCCCCGGUGCUGCCUCAUCCAUCACCUCGGCCGCGGGCGCCGCCGCCUCCAGUGCAGAGGGCUGGGGCUCCUCCGUCGCUUCUAAUGCCGAGAGCUGGGGCUCUUCCGUCGCGUCUGAGGCCAGCUCCAAGCUGAGCGACAGCUUGACCACCCUGACCGGCACCAACGGUCAGCCCACUUCCACCGGCGUCGUCUCGACCACCUCCGCCAGCGGAAGCGAGACCACCACCACUACAGGCUCCUCCAGCACCGGUACUUCUUCUUCUUCCUCCUCCUCUUCCUCUUCGGCCGGCAGUGCCUCCUCCACCACCAGCGACGACGCAGGUGCCAUGCCCACUCCCUUCAGCUUCGGUGCUGGUAUCGCCGGUGUCGCCGGUGUUCUGGGUGUCAUGGCUGCUCUGUAAACGAACAACGAUAUAAAAUUCUAUACGCAUCGCUGUUUUCGGUACGAAUUACUAUGUUACACUAUACCAUGAUUUAAGCGGGAAAUAUUAUCCUUCUGUUACGACAAAUUAAUGGGAAUCAUGGCGUUUUUCUUCUUCUGUCAUCAUGUACAUGAAUAUACAUUUUGAGUUCUGACAUACAUAUAUAUACUUUUUAUGGUAUGAUUAUAUCUCUAGUAAUGCAAAUUUACUAGUACAA